AUGAGCAACUUGAAAAAGAAGAAUAAAAAUCUCUUAGAAUCAUUAACUAAUGAAGAUAUAAUUAAUUUAAUAAAAAAAUGCUAUAAAGAUAAAUUGAUAUAUGGUUAUGUAAAAUGGAAAGAAUUAAAUAAAAAACAAUUUAGCAGACGAUAUUCAGUUAAUACAUUUAAAAAUAUAUGGAGAAUAAUAAAUAAAAAUUUUGAUAAUUACAGUAAAGAAUAUGAAGGAAUAAUAAAAGAAAUUGAAGUAGAAGCUAAAGACAUUAUAUCAAAAAAUAAUAAAUUAAGAAUUAAUAAAAAACUAGAUAUAUUAUUUCCUCUAAAAUCAAGAAUAUCAAUAUCGAAUAUAUCUUUGUUAAGAAAUUUUUCAAGAGUUAAUAGUUUUUUUUUCAAAUGUUGUAGCAAUUAUUAUAGUCCUCUUAAUGGUUUUUUAUCAAGUAGGAAUAGAAAUUUUAUACGUGAUAGUAAAUCAUUAAAAGAUAAUGAAAAUGAUAUAAAAAAAGUGAAUUAUAUAAAAAGAAAUAUCGUAGAUAUCAGAAGACAAAGUGAAUUUUUAGACUAUUAUUUUUUAGUAAUCUCUUUAAUUCAUCAAGGAAAAAAAUUUGCCCUUUUAAAAAAAAUGGGAGAAUUAUAUGAAAAUAAGUUAUUAAAAUGUUGUAAUAAUAAAAAUUAUGUUUAUAAUAGUUAUAUUUUGAAUUUCAUAAAAAAAAUACAUGAAAUUAGUUUAGUUACAAGUAAUAUAAAAAGUAUAUCAAAAUUAUUUACACAAAAUUUAGAAAAAAAUUUUGGUAGUAAAUUUAUUGACUCAAAAAAUAUCACUACAAUUGAGACAAAUGAAAAUUCGUAUCAUUUUAACAAGAGUUUAACAAAUUAUAAAAUAUUCUAUAACAUAUUUAAAAAUAACAUUAAUUUAAAUAAUAACAAAGCAAUUUCAUUUAUUAUUCCUUUACCUAAAAAACCUAAUCAUUUAACUUUUAAAAACAACAAUUUCUAUUAUUUUGAGGAUCCAGUUUAUCUUAAUAACAAUCUAGAUGAAGAUAUUUAUAAUUAUAUUUAUAUUUUUCAUAAAUUUUUUCUUUCUUUUUUGUUUUGGUCUUUUUAUCUCAAAUAUCAAGGAAUAGAAAAAAUGAAAAUUUUAUUUAACAAGGAAUUAGAAGAACUGAAUUCAUUUAUUGAUACAAAUAAUAUGAAGAAAGAAGAAAUAAUAGAACAAAAAAAAAAUUAUAAUAAAAGUAAUAUGUAUGCAUUUAUGUUUGAUUUCAAAAUAGACCACAUAAUUUCUUUAUGUCUCUAUGUUUUUAAAAUUUAUUUAAAGAAUAAAAGGAAAAUAGAUUUAAAUUAUCUAAGAGUUAUAAAAAUAUUAAAUUUAUCUCUUCAUCCUACUUUAAAAAAAAAAAUUAUCCGUUGUUAUAUUAUAACAAUUAGAUAUGUUUACGAUAUUGUUCUAAAAUUAAUAUCUAAAUAUAGAAAAAAAAAAAAAAAACAAUGA